AGGCUGAUUAAAACGUUUCCUCUCAGCUGUGGCUGUUUGUCCCGAUUAGGCGCGCGGGCCGGCAUGGACUUACACCAGUUCAUUUGUUUGAUUUUUCUGGCAGGUCUAAAAAUUUCCAGAGGCCAGAUUUUGGGAUGCCCUCAAGGCCAGUGGCAGUGUGAUGAUGGAAACUGCAUCCCUGAUAUCUGGAGAUGUGAUGGAGAUGGAGACUGUCUGGAUGGAUCUGAUGAGAUGGACUGCACUGCACCCCCAGGCUCUCCUGAAUGUCCGCCUGGUCAGUUUCCAUGUGUGGACUCGGUUGGCUGCGUCAAUGCAUCGGCCCGCUGUGACGGACAAAACCAGUGUCCCACGGGUUCUGAUGAGGAGAGCUGUCCAGCCGCAGAGGGCUGUCUGGAGUCUGACUGGACCUGUCGAAACCACAUCUGUGUCCCCAAAGAGCUGCGCUGCAACGGACACAAUGACUGUGUGGACAACUCUGAUGAAGAGGACUGUGGUCUCUGUGGUGAGGACAGCAUGCGAUGUCCUGAGGGAAUGUGUCUGUCAGCUGAAGAGAGGUGUGAUGGGAAAAUUCACUGCUCUGAUGGCAGCGAUGAGCCCAUAACCUGCGGUCGUAUCUGCUCUAUGGAUAACGGCGGCUGUAGCCACGUGUGUGUUGAUGAACCCUGGGGAGCUCUGUGUGACUGUCCUGUUGGAUAUAAGCUCUCUCAAAACGGAGCAGUCUGUGAAGAUUUGGAUGAAUGUGCCCUUCCUUUUGCUCCAUGUAUGCAUCACUGCACUAACACUGUUGGAUCCUACUAUUGUCACUGCAGAGACGGCUUCAAACUGAAUGGAAGGUCCACAUGUUUAGCUACAGGUAACGCUACCAGACUGCUGACAGUGCAGAGGAAAUCUAUCGGGCUGUUGAACGUGAAGUCUCAACAGUUUGAAAUUGUUCAGAUGCCACUGUUUGACCCAGUGGCCUUGACGUUUGACAUCGCCCGAGGCUGGUACUACUGGGCCGAUGGCCAUGGCAGCAUUUACAAAAGUGACGGACGGCAGAGCUGGAAGAUCUAUACUGGAGAGCCUGGAAUCAAAGGUUUAGCUUGUGAUUGGCUGAAUGGAAACCUCUUCUGGACCAAUCAGAGGACAGAGUCAAUCUACAUACAGGGAGAUGAUGGGAAAAGUUACACUACUCUACUGAGCAAAAACAUAAGCCCAUCAGAGUUGGUACUUGUACCUGUGGAGAGUUUGAUGUUCUGGGUCAAUGCAGGCCCUGGAGACAGGGUGACUAUAGAGAAGUCGUGGAUGGAUGGGUCAGAAAGAAGCUCUGUGACGGUGCUCACUGCUCAGUCUGCCCACGGCCUCACUGCUGACGUGGCUGCCAGGAGGCUGUACUGGAUCAGUGACUUCAAGAAGUCCAUAGAGACGGUGAAGUUAGAUGGGACUGGCCGUUACUCCUUCACAGGACUGUUCAACAGAAGACCAGCUCUGAGCCUGGCUGUGUUUGAAAGUUCAUUCUACUGGGUGGAUGAUAAAGGACUGUGGCAGGUUCCACAGAAACAACCAAGCCAGAGGAAAUUUAUCUGGAAAGCAGCACUGUCAAUAUUAACAGUUUAUCAUGAAUUACAGCAGCCUCAAGGUACAUCUGCAUGUGUCAAAACUCGAUGCCACCUCUGUCUACUGACUAAAGGAAACCCUGUCGGAUUCACCUGCACUUGUCCAAACUCCAAAGUGCUGUUGCUUGACGGGACAUGUGAAUUUCCAAGGUUUGUGUAUGCUACCAUUACCGACAUCAACCUGUUGGAGUUUAAAGGCAGAGGGUCCACUAAAACCCAGCUGUUUACCACUGAUGACGGCAUCCUGUCAUUUGAUCUGGACUGGUACAGAGACUGGCUGUACUGGGCUAACCAAACUGGCCAUAUCCAACGCACCAGUCUAACCCAGGACAAGACUGAGGUGGUCCCAACACCCUUGCCAGUUUGUCUGAUAAAAGUAGACCCGAAGAGUGGGAACCUUUAUUGGGUGUCAUGUGACCAAACCAGCAUCGGCACCACCACAGCCAACAGUCGUUACCCCCAGCAUCUGUACCAGACAACAAAGGAGAUUCGAAACUUGUAUCUGGACUGGCUGAGGGGUGUGAUCCUCUGGCUGGAGGAGGAACGUAUCUUCACCAUGAGCAUGAUGGGAGGCAAAGCCAAAGAGCUGCUGCAGCUAGCAGCAGGAGGAGUGCCGGGGACCAUUGCAUUUGACCUCAGGGCCAACAGUCUGCUGUGGAACUCAGAAAGGGCAGGCCUGACAACAAUGAGUUUGGUGCAGGAGAGAAGCCACCAAGCUGGCAGAAGAUGGAACAUCUCAGGCUCAGUCGUAGGUGCCUUUGAGCCCUUCCUGUUGUCCCUUUCCAAUGAUGUCAUGACUCUGUGGGACCGGCGUGAUGGGAGCCCCAUCCAAGACGUGACUGUGACAGGUCAUGUGCUCAGUGUGGAGGCUGCACUCAAAGAAGUGCGUACAGUGCCCAGUGCUCCGGUCUGCUAUGAACCAUCUGUGCUGUGCCACCGCACAUCGAUCUGCCUCUCUCAAACCCAGCUGUGUGAUGGGAAAAAGGACUGUCCUGAUGGAGAUGAUGAGGAUUUUUGUGUUACAAUAUGUCCAUCUGAAGAUGAUUUCCGUUGCAAAGACCGUCGGAGCUGCGUCUCAAAGACUCUGGUUUGUGACGGUCGCUCUCAUUGCCACGAUGGAUCUGAUGAAGUUGACUGUCCAAGUGUAGCUACUCCUGCAGCUCGAACAAACGUCCUAAAAUGUCGCAGGGGCUCCAGACUGUGUCGGGAUGGGACAGAGUGUGUUCUCUAUAGUCAUGUUUGUGAUGCAGAGAGAGACUGUCAGGAUGGAUCAGAUGAAGAAGAAUGUGAGGCUGCAGAGAUUGCAACUACCACAACUGCAGAAAAUCUCCGCUUAAAUGCAUUGCCGUCACCUGUCAAACCCUUUAAUCAGCCUCCUACCAAACCGUCCUGUACCAGCCCUUCAGUUCUGUGUCCAGAUUCAUCUUCAUGCAUCCUCCCAACACAGCUGUGUGAUGGAAGAAAAGACUGUCUUGAUGGAUCUGAUGAGAACUGUGUGAAAAGAUGCCCCUACAAUACUGACUUUCUCUGCAAGGACCGUAGAAGCUGCAUAUCCAAGAGUCUGGUGUGUGACGGCCGCUCUCAUUGCCAUGAUGGCUCAGAUGAGGUUAACUGUCAGAGUGCAGCUACUCUUGCAGCUCAGGCAAAUGUCCGUAAGUGUCGUAUUGGCUCAAAGCCAUGUAAAGACGGCACAGAGUGUGUUUUAUACAGUCAUGUGUGUGAUGGAGAGAACGACUGUAAGGAUGGAUCAGAUGAACAGGGAUGUGAUGCUCCAGAACAAACCACAACUCUAGCCAAACCAAAUGGCGAUCCAUCAAACCAAACGCCACCUACUACUACACCUCCUGCCCCGACUCUGCCAGCCUGCAACAGCCCUUCUGUACUCUGUCCUCAGUCUUCUGUUCACCUCUGCAUUUCCCCAAGCCAGUUUUGCAAUGGGCGCAAAGACUGUCCUGAUGGCUUCGAUGAAAAGAACUGUGUUAAAAGAUGUCCCUCUAAGAACGAUUUCCGUUGCAAAGACCGUCAGAGCUGUGUCUCAAAGAGUCUGGUUUGUGAUGGUCGCUCUCAUUGCCACGAUGGAUCUGAUGAAGUUGACUGUCCAAGUGUAGCUACUCCUGGAGCUCGGGCAAAUGUUCUGAAGUGUCGUGUUGGCUCCAGACUGUGUCAGGAUGGGACAGAAUGUGUUCUCUAUAGUCAUGUUUGUGAUGGAGAGAGAGACUGUCGGGAUGGAUCAGAUGAAGAAGGAUGUGAUACUGGAGACAGUGCUCCUACCACCCUUGCAGAAAAUCUCCAAUUAAAUAAAUCUCCUUCACCCGUCGAACCCUUUACUCAGCCUCCCACCAAACCAUCCUGCACCAGCCCUUCAGUUCUGUGUCCAGGUUCUUCUUUAUGCCUCAACCCAACACAGCUGUGCGAUGGAAAGAAAGACUGCCCUGAUGGAUUUGAUGAGAACUGCAUAAAAAGAUGCCCUUAUAAGAAUGAUUUCCGUUGCAAAGACCGUCGGAGCUGCGUCUCAAAGAGUCUGGUUUGUGACGGUCGCUCUCAUUGCCACGAUGGAUCUGAUGAAGUUGACUGUCCAAGUGUAGCUACUCCUGUAGCUCGGGCAAAUGUUCUGAAGUGUCGUGUUGGCUCCAGACUGUGUCGGGAUGGGACAGAAUGUGUUCUCUAUAGUCAUGUUUGUGAUGGAGAGAGAGACUGUCGGGAUGGAUCAGAUGAAGAAGGAUGUGAUACUGGAGACAGUGCUCCUACCACCCUCGCAGAAAAUCUCCAUUUAAAUGAAUCUCCUUCACCCGUCGAACCCUUUACUCAGCCUCCCACCAAACCAUCCUGCACCAGCCCUUCAGUUCUGUGUCCAGGUUCUUCUUUAUGCCUCAACCCAACACAGCUUUGUGAUGGAAAGAAAGACUGCCCUGAUGGAUUUGAUGAGAACUGCAUAAAAAGAUGCCCUUAUAAGAAUGACUUCCGUUGCAAAGACCGUCGGAGCUGUGUCUCCAAGAGUCUGGUUUGUGACGGUCGCUCUCAUUGCCACGAUGGAUCUGAUGAAGUUGACUGUCCAAGUGUAGCUACUCCUGCAGCUCGAACAAACGUCCUAAAGUGUCGCAGGGGCUCCAGACUGUGUCGAGAUGGGACAGAGUGUGUUCUCUAUAGUCAUGUUUGUGAUGGAGAGAGAGACUGUCGAGAUGGAUCAGAUGAAGAAGGAUGUGAGGCUGCAGAGAUUGCAACUACCACAACUGCAGAAAAUCUCCGCUUAAAUGCAUCACCGUCACCUGUCAAACCCUUUAAUCAGCCUCCUACCAAGCCAUCCUGUACCAGCCCUUCAGUUCUGUGUCCAGAUUCAUCUUCAUGCAUCCUCCCAACACAGCUGUGUGAUGGAAAGAAAGACUGUCUUGAUGGAUCUGAUGAGAACUGUGUGAAAAGAUGCCCUUACAAUACUGACUUUCUCUGCAAGGACCGUAGGAGCUGUGUCUCCAAGAGUCUGGUGUGUGACGGCCGCUCUCAUUGCCAUGAUGGCUCAGAUGAGGUUAACUGUCCGAGUGUAGCUACUCCUGCAGCUCAGGCAAAUGUCCUUAAGUGCCGUAUGGGAUCAAAGCCAUGUAAAGAUGGCACAGAGUGCGUUUUAUACAGCCACAUAUGUGACGGAGAGAACGAUUGUCUGGAUGGUUCUGAUGAACAAGGAUGCCCAGAAACCUGCAAACAAGAUGAGUUUCAGUGCUCCCACGGGAAGAUGUGCAUCCCUAAGGCUCAGGUUUGUGAUGGGAAGCCACAGUGUCAGGACCAAUCUGAUGAAGUGGACUGCUGGGAACGAACCAAGAGCUGCGAGCAUCGUUGUGCUGAUGGCAAGCGCUGCAUCCCAAAGAAAUUCCUGUGUGACGGGGAGAAAGACUGCCUGGACGGCACAGAUGAAGUGGACUGUGACCCUGUUACUGCCACAACAACAGAGCCUCCUGUCAUUACUUCUACAUCAGCUUGCAUCACUCCUUCAGUUCUCUGUCCAGGUUCAUCAGUAUGUAUCUCUCAAAAGCAGCUGUGUGAUGGACAAAGAGACUGCCCUGAUGCUUUUGAUGAGAACAACUGUAUAGUCCAGUGUAAAAACCAUGCUGAUUUCUUGUGCAGCGACCGGAGAAAGUGCAUCCCUAGGAUGGAAGUGUGCGACGGUCGUGCCCACUGUCCAGACGGCUCAGAUGAGAAGCAGUGUAAAUCAGAAGACCCUACUGCUCCCCCCUCCACCAAUAUGCUUAGUGCCAGAUCAGCCCCUCUGAAAUGCCGUAAAGGUUUCAAGCUGUGUAAAGACGGCCUCGAGUGUGUCAUGUACAGCCAUGUGUGUGAUGGAGAGAAGGACUGCCAGGAUGGAUCAGACGAAGAGGGAUGUGCUGCACAAUGCAAAGCAGAUGAGUUCCAGUGUUCUCACGGGAAUAGAUGCAUCCCACAGGCGCAGGUGUGUGAUGGGCAAAACGACUGUCAGGAUCGAUCUGAUGAAAUGAACUGUGCGAGUCUGAGUGACGGCUGCCAUCAGCACUGUGAUAACAACACUCGCUGUAUACCAGAGACCUUCCUGUGUGACGGCGAGAGAGACUGCGCUGAUGGCUCAGAUGAGGAAAAGUGCGGUUUGGUGGCUUGUGCAAUCAACCAGUAUCGCUGUGCUAGCGGUCAGUGCGUGUCAGAGGCUCUGAGAUGUGAUGGAUACGCUGACUGCAGUGACCACUCUGAUGAGGUGGACUGCACAAGACCCCCACGCUGCCCAGCACAGCUCAAAUGCCAGCACAGCCAUGAGUGCCUGCAGAAAGAGUGGCUCUGUGACGGUGAGGAAGACUGCAAAGACGGGUCAGAUGAGAAGUACUGCACUACGACUCCAGCGAAGUGCAGGGAAUACCAGUGGCAGUGCAGAGACAACAGUCAAUGCAUCCCUCUGUUGUGGAGGUGUGAUGGGAAGAAGGACUGUCACAAUGGCAUGGACGAGGACAAAUGCAGCCAGAGAAAAUGCCCCUCUCACCUUUACAAGUGUGGCAGUGGUGAGUGUUUGGAACCCCAUCUGGUAUGUAACGGCUUCACCAACUGUGCUGACAGUUCAGAUGAGGGUGUGGGAUGCACUCAACACAACUGCUCCAGCUCAUCAUCCCCUGAGUGUGACCACCACUGUGUCAGCACCCCAAAUGGACCGAGGUGUUACUGCGCUGCAGGUUUUGAGCUACAUUCCAGUGCUAUGUCAUGUGUGGACAUUGAUGAGUGUAAUUCAAUGCCGCAUGCUGUAUGCAAACACACCUGCCUCAACACCGGUGGGUCCUACAUGUGUCAUUGCCACCCUGGCUUCUACUUGGAGCCUGACAACAAAAGCUGCAAGACAAAAGACGAGCCAUUGCUUCUAGCGUCGGUGCAGUCAGAACUGUUACUUCUGGGGGUCCAUAGUGCCACCUUAAAUCUUCUCUCCUCUGCCAAUCGUCCGGUCUUCUCACUGGAUUACAAUUGGGCUCAACAGAGAGUUUACUGGCUGAGCCCUGACUACCAGAGCAUCCGCUGGGCUGACAUGAAAAACUCAAACAACAAAGGGACACUUAUCAAAGGAGUGAAGUCGGAUUUCAUCGCAGUGGACUGGGUCGGUAAGAACCUGUACUGGGUGGAUGGACUGGUGGGCCAGAUUCUGGCGGUGAAGCUCAGUGAUGCCACAGUGAGAUCUCAGGACUACACUGUGGUGCUGGGUGAAGAUCUGGAACAGCCAAGCUCACUGGUCCUGCUGCCACACAGAGGGUUGAUGUUGUGGUCAGAGAUAGGCAGCACCCCUCAGAUCGAGCGGUCUGGCAUGGACGGUUCAAAGAGGAAGGUGGUGGUGAGCAGCGGCUUGAGCUGGCCCGUUAGUUUGGCCUUUGACCUCCUGGACAACAGGGUGUACUGGGCUGAUGAGAAGCUGCGUUGCAUCGGCUCAGCUUCUCUGGAUGGAGACAACGUCAAGAUCCUCCAGUUAGCUGAAACUCCAAGCCCUUUCUCUGUGGCGGUCUUCAAUGAUCGUCUAUUCUGGUCUGACACCAAGAGACGAACCAUCCGCUCAGCUGACAAGAACAACGGGAAAGAUCAGAAGGUUCUUCUGAAGAGACCAGGACAGCCAUUUGGACUGAAAGUGAUGCAUGCCCUUUCCCAACCAGACAUAUCCAGCCCCUGUGACCUGCUACACUGCUCCCAUCUCUGCCUUCUGACCCCAGUAGCGAGGGGCAGGUCUGGAGUACCGGGGUCAGCAGGAGCUCCAGCGGUUAGGGGGCCUACAGCAGUCUGCCGAUGCCCAAAGGGGCUGCUGCUUUCCAAGGACAAGAUCACCUGCUCUCUGCCUUUGGAGUCAACCUUCAUCCUGCUCUUGUCUCAGAAGACAGUCUAUCAGAUUUACUUGCAUUCUAUGCGUCAUGAUGGUGUUGCUCUGAAAAAAAUGCCAAAUGGACGGGCUUUAGCCCUACCCGGGGUAACUGAGGCCUUGGGACUGGACGUGUCCAUCCCAGGACUUUCCCUGUAUGUGGCAGAUGGAGGACAAGGAUCUGUGAACGUGCUGAAGCUGAGUGGCUCCAGGUCGAGACAGGGCCUGACACCUGCUGGACAAAUCCUAAAGCUAAAGGAUGAUACUGUCACGGCUCUGGCAGUUGACUGGGUGACCUCCAACCUCUACUGGAGCAGCACUGAACGGCCUGAUCUCCAUGUGACCUCCCGCUAUAACGGCUACACCACCUCAUUGCUGCAGGGAUCACUGAAGGGCACUACAUCCAUCGCAGUGCACCCCCCCUCAGGUCGACUCUGCUACACAGCGAUAGUGACGGCAGGUGGAAAGAGCCAGACAGAGGUGGACUGCGCCUGGAUGGAUGGUCGUAACAAAGCAGUGCUGUGGAGGAAGUCGAGCAUCCCCAUUUCUCUGGUCUUUUCCAAUAAAGGAACCGUAAUCUACUGGGCUGACACAGAUGAGGGCAUAAUCAGCUCCCUCGGAGUGGAUGGCUCAGGCUACAAACAGUAUAAAACAGGGCCAGGUCUCCUCAUCUCCUUCACACACACUGAGAACAUCCUUCUCUGGGUCACCCUGGACAAAGAUGUUUCCAAACUGUGGUUCAGCGACGGUCUCCAGCCUAAACAGCUGUGGUUUGAGACAAAAACCAACAUGGUAGAAGUCAGAGCCUACAGCAACGGCAGCCAGUCUGGAACUAACGCCUGCACCAAAAACAACGGGGGAUGUGUCCAUCUGUGCAUGCCCUUUCCCGGAGGGCGGACAUGUAAAUGUGGCCGGGGUUUCUACAGUGUCAAUGCCACUUCCUGUGACCCGCUACCCCACUGUCCCACUGGGGAGGAAUCCUGCUUCGAUGGUAGCAAAUGUAUCAACAGCAACAAGUUCUGUGAUGGACACGUGGACUGUCUGGACCAGUCGGAUGAACAGGACUGUCCAAACACAAACUCAGCCUCUUUCGGGAUGAAAGCCAGCGAUGGCCGCUCUCCUCAGUCUUCCUCCUCCUCUCCUCACCCAAAUACCCCAAAGGACUCUUUUCUCUCAGUCAAGAAAGAUUCUGCAUCUUGUGACCUCCAUCACUGCAGCGGUCAUGGCAACUGCAUCACAGAAGGCAAAGUCACUCGUUGCCAGUGUGCAGCUGGUUACAAGGGAGAGUUUUGUCAAGAGAAAGAGACUGAAAGGAACCAUGCGGCUGUUGUCCUGGGUGUCUUCUGCCUUGUCGCUGCAUUAAUGGCUGCUGCUUUCAUUUUUGCUAAAAGGAGAGCCUGGGUGUCCAUCAGAAGCAGAUCCAUGGAAAAAGAAACUCUGAUGGCCAACAUGGGUCUGCCUUCUGAACAGUCUGAUUCCGACUGUGAGGAACUGGAGUCCCCAGCAGACGUGAAGAACCCCCCACUACCAUUAAAGCCACUCCAGCUCAAAUAGACUGUUCUGCAUUCACUGACAGGGAAUUUGGCAUCGAGUAAACAUCUGGUGGCUGAUGAUGUAGCUGUUAUACUAUGUCUAUGAGUUUCAACAUGCUGGUGUAAACUGUCUCUGUGUGCAAUAAAAGUGAUAAAGGAUUACCCAAAAACCAGACUGUUUCUAAAAUA